AUGUCCGAAGCGCUGGUUGACGAGAUAGAAGCCAUCAACUCCAUCUUCGGCGACGGGACGCUCGCGCGGGAGCAGGACGACGACCUUUCCGUCUUCGUCCUGACCCUCCCCGGCGACACGGCCUCGCUGCGGCUGCAGUUCCCGCCCGAGUACCCGGACGUCCCGCCGGCCGUCCUGGGGACGCACAGUGCCGGUUCCGCGGGCAAGCGCGGCGCCGCCGCUCGCCACCUGGCCCUGUUCCGGGAUGCCGUCGGCGAGGUGUACGAGCCGGGGCAGGUGUGCCUGUUUGACGCCAUAGAGAAGAGCAAGUCGACGUUUGUCGCCCGCUGCGCGCCCGUCACCUCCCCCUCCCAGGCGGCCGACUUCCUCGCCCACCUGCUGGCCACGGACAAGCGGGUGCGGACGGCGACGCACAACAUCACGGCCUGGCGCAUCCGCGGCCCCAACGGGACCAGCUUCCAGGACUGCGACGACGACGGGGAGACGGCCGCCGGCGGCCGCCUGUUGCAUCUCAUGCAGCUUAUGGACCUGUGGGACACCAUGGUCGUCGUCACGCGCUGGUACGGCGGGCAGAAGCUGGGGCCGAGGCGGUUUGCUCUCAUCAACCAGACCGCCAGGGACGCCUUUGUGAGGGCGGGGUUGGUGAAGGAAGAAGGCGCCGCUGGGGGUGCAGGUGGGAAGAAGAAAGGGGGGAAAUGA